AUGGUUACCACCCGCGCCCAGUCGCGCACGCCCUCGCGCAGCACCCGCGCCCGCACCACCUCGACUCAGCACUCGGACGGCGGAUACACGUCGACCGAAUCCGCACCCGGCAGCCCCACGCCAGCGCCCAGGCGGCCAACCUCGAACCUCUCGAAGCGCUCCUCGCUCGGCGUCUCUUCCUCGUCCUCGUCGCCCCUCCGCUCCAAGAUGUCCAAACCGCCGACAAAGGAGCAGCUCGCCCCGCGCACCGCCCACUACGAGUUUGGCGGCCCGCUCGGCGCCCUCUUUGUCUCCACCACCGUCCCCCUCUUCACCUACUACUUCUACUUUGCCUGCUCGCCCGCCCUCGGGUGCGCCCCCACCCUGCCCUUGACCCAUCCAGAGGCCCUCUGGCAGGUCGCAAAGCAAGGGCUCGUCGACAGCUUCCUCGACGGCACCGCCUGGGCCAUCUACUUUGGCUGGUACGCCUUCACGGUGCUCGCGUGGGCCGUGCUCCCGGGCCGCUGGGAGGAGGGCAGCGAGCUCCGCAUCGGCGGACGCCUCGAUUACAAGAUCAAUGCGUUUGCCACGCUCGUCGCCUCGUUUGCCAUUGCCGCCGGCAUCAUCGCCGUCCAGGGCCCCCAGGGCUUCACCAUGCUCUACGAUCACUGGCCCGGCCUGAUCUCGGCCAGCGUCGUCAACUCGCUCGUCCAGGCCUUUUACGUCUACGCCGUCUCGUUCCAGGAGGGCAAGCUGCUCGCCCUCGGCGGCAACAGCGGCAACGCACUCUUUGACUGGUUCAUCGGCCGCGAGCUCAACCCGCGCAUCGGCCGCUUUGACAUCAAGACGUUCAACGAGCUGCGUCCCGGCCUCAUCCUCUGGGCGCUCCUCGACCUCAGCUGCGCCUGCCACCAGUACGUCAAGCUCGGCGGCAGGAUCACCGACAGCAUGGCCCUCGUGUGCGCGUUCCACACGUGGUACGUCGUCGACGCGCUGUACAAUGAGUCUGCCAUCUUCACCCAGAUGGACAUCACCACCGACGGCUUCGGCUUCAUGCUCUCGGUCGGCGAUCUGACCUGGGUGCCGUUCAUCUACAGCCUGCAGGCGCGCUACCUCGCCUUCCACCCGGUCCACCUCGGCCUGCUCGGCACGCUGGCCAUCCUGCUGGUCAACUUUACCGGCUACUACAUCUUCCGCACCGCCAACUCGGAGAAGAACGACUUCCGCUCCGGCCAGAACCCCAAGCAGCUCUCGUACAUGACGACGGCCAGCGGGCGCAAGCUGCUCACCAGCGGCUGGUGGGGCCGCAGCCGACACCCCAACUACCUCGGCGACUGGAUCAUGGCGUGGGCGUGGUCGCUCCCCUGCGGCUUCGCCACGCCCAUCCCCUACUUUUACGUCCUCUUCUUUGCCAUCCUCCUCGUCCACCGCCAGAUUCGCGACGACGAGGCGUGCCGCAAAAAGUACGGCAAGGACUGGGACAAGUACUGCCGCCUCGUGCGAUCCCGCAUCAUCCCCGGCAUCUACUGA